AUGAUCGCUAGGGGUCAAGGCCGUGCCCUCGGGGGCCUGCGGCCGGAGGACUGGGGAAUCCUCCUCCCGGCCCAGCCUGGACAGCUGCACGGCCAGGUGUGGCCGCGGAAUUUGCUGUGUCGCCCGUCCGCGCAGCUGGAGCGGAAAAGCCUCAGCGUCAGCGCCCCCUCCUCGCCACCAGCGCUCGCGCCCCACAUUCCUGCGGAGCGGGGCGGGGGCCAGGCGGCCACAUCAGACGCCAGACCCGGAGAAUUCGACCGGGCGGGGCCGGUAAGGGACCAGUGGACCCUCUGGGACUCCUCACCCCUUGGUGGUACCGGAACUGAGCCAGAUCUCCCAUCUGAUAAAAGCGGACAGCGACACUUGGCCUUGUCUAUUUCCUAA